AGGCUUUUGUGGGAGAGGGGCGGGGACGGCGUUGGUUGGGAGGCUUGGUACGCAACACACAGCCGACCCGGUGGCGGUGUGUGGGCAGUAUGAGUGCGGAGAAGCGGCUUAAUCGGGAUGCGGAGGAUUACCCGGAUGAGGAGGCGGUUUCAGCAAAGCGUUGGCGCAAUGAGCCUGAAGACCGACGUAGCCGCCACUGUCCCUAUUUGGACACAAUCAAUAGGAGUGUCCUGGAUUUUGACUUUGAGAAGCUAUGCUCUAUUUCACUCUCCCACAUCAAUGUAUAUGCAUGUCUGGUGUGCGGGAAAUACUUCCAGGGUCGCGGGUUGAAAUCUCAUGCCUACAUCCACAGUGUCCAGUUUAGUCACCAUGUUUUCCUGAAUCUUCAUACCCUAAGGUUUUAUUGCCUUCCAGAUAACUACAAGAUUAUAGACUCCUCAUUGGAGGAUAUUACGUAUGUACUGAAGCCAACAUUCACCCAAGCCCAAAUUAGAAAUUUGGAUAAACAGGCCAAGCUCUCCCGAGCUUAUGAUGGGACCACUUACCUUCCAGGAAUUGUGGGGCUCAAUAACAUCAAAGCGAAUGAUUACGCCAAUGCUGUGUUGCAGGCAUUAUCAAAUGUUCCUCCUCUGAGGAACUACUUUUUGGAGGAAGAAAAUUACCGUACCAUCCAGCGCCCACCAGGGGAUAUAAUGUUCCUAUUAGUGCAGAGGUUUGGAGAGCUGAUGCGCAAACUGUGGAACCCCAGAAACUUCAAGGCCCAUGUUUCCCCCCAUGAGAUGCUGCAGGCUGUGGUCCUUUGCAGCAAGAAGAACUUCCAGAUCACUAAGCAGGGUGAUGGAGUGGACUUUCUCUCCUGGUUCUUAAAUGCUUUAAACUCUGCUCUUGGGGGCACAAAGAAGAAGAAGAAAACUAUUGUAACUGAUGUGUUCCAGGGAUCAAUGAGGAUUUUCACAAAGAAGUUGCCUCAUCCUGAUUUGCCAGCCGAGGAGAAGGAGCAGCUGUUGCACAAUGAGGAGUACCAGGAGAAAAUCCUGGAGUCUCCUUUCAUGUACCUGACCUUAGACUUGCCUACUGCCCCGCUCUAUAAGGAUGAAAAGGAGCAGCUCAUCAUCCCACAGGUGCCGCUCUUCAGUAUCCUUGGCAAGUUCAAUGGCAUCACUGAGAAGGAGUACAAGACCUACAAAGAAAACUUCCUGAAGCGCUUCCAGCUAACUAAGCUGCCACCGUACCUGAUAUUCUGCAUUAAACGUUUCACUAAGAACAACUUUUUUGUGGAGAAAAACCCGACAAUUGUGAAUUUCCCCAUCACGAAUGUGGAUCUUCGCGAGUAUCUGGCCGAGGAAUUCCAGGCUGUGCACAAGAGCACAACUUACGAUCUCAUCGCUAACAUAGUGCAUGAUGGGAAACCCAAUGAGGGCUCGUACCGUAUUCAUGUCCUGCACCAUGGCACUGGGAAAUGGUAUGAGAUGCAAGACUUGCAGGUAACGGACAUCCUGCCCCAGAUGAUCACUCUAUCAGAAGCCUAUAUUCAGAUAUGGAAGAGACGCGAAGACAGUGAGCAGAACCAGGAUGGAGCGUGAUAAGAGCCACUGAACCCCUCUCUCUCUCGGGAGAUGGACACACACUUGAGAGAAAUGAGACCGUAAUAUUGAGUGUGGAGUGUUGACCCUUACACAGCCAGGAACUGUACAGACUAAUGGUUCUAAACGCUCUGUCUAAGACCAAUGAGACGGACGACUGUUCCUCCUGUUUUCCAUCCUGAUAGUCUCCUGCAGAGCUCACUUUUAUUGUAGCUCCUCGGUGCUGUGUGACCGUGUGUACAUUUUAUAGAUAAAGUCUAAAAGGAGUAACCAUGGAUUAUAUGUUUUUGUUGUCCCUGUGGAUUAAACCGGUUUCCUCCUA